GGCAGGCAGCUGGAGCCAAUGGGGCCGCCUCGUCUUGGCCAACGCCGCACUGGGAUGAGAACGGCCCAGAACACUCACAGCCAGCAGCCAGCAGCGGGCGGACCCACCGACACUCCAUCUCUGCUGGAACAGGAGGACGACCUUCUUGCCCACCGGACACAGCAGAGCAGGAGCGGCAGAAUGAAGCGGCCCGAGGAGAACGGCAUCAGCGACGGGACAGCUGGUGGCAGCAGGAAGAAACGCCGCUGGAUGCGGCGCCUGAUCCCAGCCAGCUUCUGGGAGGAUGCGAAGAAGCUGCUGGUGCUGGCGGGGCCACUGAUCCUGAUCCAGCUGCUGAUUUUCUUGAUCCACCUGGUCAGCUCCAUCUUCUGUGGCCACCUGGGCAAGGUCGAGCUGGCUUCUGUCACACUGGCCAUCGCGGUUAUAAAUGUCACUGCCAUCUCUGUAGGAUACGGUCUGUCUUCAGCAUGUGAUACCUUGAUAUCGCAGACCUAUGGCAGCAGGAACCUGCUGCGCGUGGGGGUGAUCCUGCAGCGUGCCAUCCUCAUCCUCCUGCUCUGCUGCUUCCCCUGCUGCGCUGUGCUCAUCAACAUCGAGCAGCUCCUGCUGCUCAUCCGCCAGGACCCCGAAGUCUCCAGGUUAACCCAGCUCUAUGUGAUGGCAUUCGUCCCUGCUCUCCCAGCGGUAUUUCUGUAUAACCUGGAGACCAGGUACCUGCAGAACCAGAUGAUCAUGUGGCCUGUGGUGCUGAGCGGGCUCAUCGGCAACAUAGUCAAUGUGAUCGCCAACUCCAUCUUCCUCUAUGUGUUCCACCUGGGGAUUGUGGGUUCUGCCUGGGCCAACACCAUUGCUCAGUACUCUCAAACCAUUUUCUUGUUCCUGUACAUUGUAGGCAAGAAGCUCCAUGAGAAGACUUGGGGAGGCUGGUCCAAAGAGUGCCUGCUGGAGUGGGACAGCUUCACCUCCCUGGCCAUCCCCAGCAUGCUCAUGAUGUGCAUUGAGUGGUGGACCUAUGAAAUCGGCAGCUUCUUGAUAGGGCUGCUGAGUGUCGUGGAGCUGUCAGCACAGUCUGUGAUCUAUGAGGUGUCUGUCGUUGCCUUCAUGAUCCCCCUGGGGCUCGGCACAGCUGCCAGUGUGCAGGUGGGGAAUGCUCUGGGUGCCGGUGACAUCGAGGUGGCCAAGAGGUCCUCCUCCACCAGCAUGCUCUGCACAGGGGGGUUUUGCAUUGCUGUAGGAGCCAUUUUAGCUGCCACAAAGGACGUGCUGGGAUAUAUCUUUACCAAUGAAAAGGAGAUCAUCGACUUGGUGGCCUGGGUCAUGCCUGUCUACGUCGUCUUCCACUUGUUUGAAGCCACGUGUUGUGCCUGUGGCGGGGUGCUCAGGGGUGCAGGGAAGCAGAAAUUCGGUGCCAUCCUCAACGCUGUGAGCUACUAUGGUGUGGGACUGCCCCUGGGGGCCGUGCUGCUCUUCGUGGCCAGGAUCGGUGUCAUAGGGCUGUGGCUCAGCAUGCUGGUCUGUGUCUCCAUGCUCUGCACCUGCUUCCUCAUCUACAUCUGCCGCAUGGACUGGAGGAAGGCAGCCGAGGAGGCUCAGCGCCGUGCAGGAGUGACCCCGCAGCAGCUUGAGGAGCAGCACCAGAACCCCGAGCCCCACAACAAGGGACCAUCCCUGAUGCCCCACACUCACCUUCCUGCUGCAGCGGUGCGGGGCUGCGUAGCGGGAGUGGAUGCGCAGAACGGCGUGGUGCUCACGGGCAUCACCAGGACGGAGGGUGCCAACUUCCAGGAGGAGCCGCGGGGAGCGAUGCGGGGCUCUGAGCUCAGCCGGGGGCUGAUCCUGCGCCGGGCAUUGGCGGCGGCAGCGUCCAUCGCAGUGCUCGCACUCGGCGUUGUAAUAAAGCUCGUGACCAGCAAACACUGACCUGCAGCAGGGCUCAGGGACUUGGCUUUGGGGACCGAAGCCCCUCUUGGCUGAUGGAUGCGCAAAGCACAGACCGGGCUGCACCUUCACGUCCCGUAGGGUUCAGCCUUUGGCGGGGUCUCAUCGGCUCCUGAUUGGGAACGGCCCUGCAGCUGCUCCAACGCCAGAAGCACCGUUCCAGGCUGCUACACCGAGCAAUGCAGGCGUCCCCUUCCUGCCCAUGCUGCAGCUCUCACCCACUGAUCGGAGCUGAGUGUGGCUCACACCGCUGCUCUGACAAUGCCAAAUAAAGAAUGAACUCAG